GCCGCGGCUUCCGGCGCGCUGCGCUCGGACAGUAGGGGGCGCGCAUAUGGUGUUCCUCGGCCAGCUCGGCACCUUUGGGGGCUGUGCGGCCCGGUGUGACUAGAAGGAAAGUGGAGCAAGAAGCCUAGCCUGAGGGGUAGCUCUUACCCCUCUGACCGAGGUCCUGCCGCUUUCGCCGCUAAGAGCCUCCUUCUCCUCCGGACCUAGUGAGUCUGAGCGCCCCGGCGGCCUGGGCCCGGCGAGUGGAAUGGUUUCCGAGGCCCAAGGCGUCGGGCUUCCGCGCGCCCCGUGACGGGAACUAGGGAGCCUCGAGGGACGGCUCCCUCACCCACCCCGCCGACUCCAGGCGCGGCAAACCCCAGUUAGUGAGCAGCAGGCAAAUGUGCAAUACCAGCAUGUCUGUGUCUACUGAUGGUGCUGUAAGCACCUCACAGAUUCCAGCUUCGGAACAAGAGACCCUGGUUAGACCAAAGCCAUUGCUUUUGAAGUUGUUGAAGUCUGUUGGUGCACAGAAGGACACCUAUACUAUGAAAGAGGUUAUAUUUUAUCUUGGCCAGUAUAUUAUGACUAAACGAUUAUAUGAUGAGAAACAACAGCAUAUUGUGUAUUGUUCAAAUGAUCUUCUAGGGGAUUUGUUUGGAGUGCCAAGCUUCUCUGUGAAAGAGCACAGGAAAAUAUAUACAAUGAUUUAUAGAAACUUGGUGAUAGUCAAUCAGCAGGAACCAUCAGAUUCAGGCACAUCUGUGAGUGAAAACAGGUGUCACCUUGAAGGUGGGAGUGUUCAAAAGGACCUUGUGCAAGAGCUACAGGAAGAGAAACCUUCAUCUUCAGAUUUGGUUUCUAGACCAUCUACCUCAUCUAGAAGGAGAGCAGUUAGUGAGACAGAAGAAAAUUCAGAUGAAUUACCUGGUGAACGACAAAGAAAGCGCCACAAAUCUGAUAAUAUUUCCCUUUCCUUUGAUGAAAGCCUUGCUCUGUGUGUAAUAAGGGAGAUAUGUUGUGAAAGAAGCAGUAGCAGUGAAUCGACAGGGACUCCAUCAAAUCCGGAUCUUGAUGCUGGUGUAAGUGAACAUUCAGGUGAUUGGUUGGAUCAGGAUUCAGUUUCAGAUCAAUUCAGUGUAGAAUUUGAAGUUGAGUCUCUUGAUUCAGAAGAUUAUAGCCUUAGUGAAGAAGGACAAGAACUCUCAGAUGAAGAUGAUGAGGUAUAUCGAGUUACUGUGUAUCAGGCAGGGGAGAGUGAUACAGAUUCAUUUGAAGAAGAUCCUGAAAUUUCCUUAGCUGACUAUUGGAAGUGUACUUCAUGCAGUGAAAUGAAUCCUCCCCUUCCACCUCAUUGCAACAGAUGUUGGGCCCUUCGUGAAAAUUGGCUUCCUGAAGAUAAAGGGAAAGAUAAAGGGAAAAUGUCUGAGAAAGCCAAACUAGAAAACUCAGCACAAAUAGAAGAGGGCUUUGAUGUCCCUGACUGUAAGAAAUCUACAGUGAAUGAUUGCAAAGAAUCAUGUGUUGAGGAAAAUGAUGAUAAGAUCACACAAGCCUCCCUAUCCCAAGAAAGUGAGGACUAUUCUCAGCCAUCAACUUCUAAUAGUAUCAUUUAUAGUAGCCAAGAAGAUGUCAAAGAGUUUGAGAGGGAAGAAACACAAGACAAAGAAGAAAGUGUGGAAUCUAGUUUUCCUCUUAAUGCCAUUGAACCUUGUGUGAUUUGCCAAGGUCGACCUAAAAAUGGUUGCAUCGUCCAUGGCAAAACAGGACAUCUUAUGGCAUGCUUUACAUGUGCAAAGAAGCUAAAGAAAAGGAAUAAGCCCUGCCCCGUAUGCAGACAACCAAUCCAAAUGAUUGUGCUAACUUAUUUCCCCUAGUUGAACUACCUAUAAAAGUAGAAUUAUAUAUUUCUAACUAUAUAAGCC